AUUACAACAACCGCACUUGCAGACGGCAACGCCAUUUUGAGCAUUUUCGAUAACAAUAUGAUGAAUACGGACCUAAAAAGUCGAAUAGUUAAUGCUAUCGUUGAAAUAUGUCGAAAGCAACAAUUCUACGUUGACGAAUUGAAAGUUGAAGGAACGCUUUGCGUUACUUCCGACAGAACCUCCGUCCUCAUUACUCAAAUAAGUGAAACAAUUGGAGAAAAAGGAGAAAAGAAUGAAGAAGAAGAUGAUAGAUUACCUCAGAAUUCGUCUUAUCAGGAGACGCCGGUAGUUAGGCCUGAUAAACAGGAAACAGCGAAUGAAGCGCCUUCUCAAGCAUCUCUCGUAAAUGUAGAGGAAGAAACUUUAACAAAAAACGACGAAGGUCGGUUUCAAUGCCCAAUGUGCCCAAAAUCUUACAGCUUCAAACAUACAUUAAAAGAUCAUAUUAAGGUAAAUACACACACUGGAAAAAGACCGCAUGCUUGCAAGUAUUGCGAUUUAACCUUCCUUCACUUGGCUUCCCUUUGCUCCCAUGUUCGUCGCGUACACGCCCGGGAGAUUCCUAUGGAUCAUGUUUGCUUUGUUUGUAAUAAAAAAUUUAACAACGAACAAUACCUGAAACAGCAUUUCUCUUGGUGCCAUAAGGACUAUAUAGACAAAGGGGUUCUUUGGUCUGGAGAAAGAGCGAAUAAGAAUUCGGAGAACAAUGAUACCUCAAUGAUUAAUGAAGCAGUUAAUAGCGUAAUCAAUACUCCUCUCCUAGUCAAUUCUCCUAUUUUGAACUUUUCAAGACUAGCUGCUUUCACACCAAAUGUAUUCCCAGGGCAGAAUGUCUUCCCAAAUAUGCUUAGCAUACCUUCAAAUGAUGUAAAAAAGGAAAUUGAUAAAGACAAUGACACAAAUGAAGAUGAAAAUUUAAGCAAAAGACAAAAGAUGAACUAA